AUGGGUUCCAAUGGAGAGGCGCCUCACCUUUCUAUCGAGGAGCGAAACACAAUCAUCCGCGAAACCCGCCAGGCCCUUGACACUAGAAAACUGCGCAACCGCUUGUCACAGCAGGCAUUUCGACGCCGCAGAGCCGAUCUGAUCCGCGAUCUUCGCGAACGAGCGGAUAACAACAACAUAGAUGAGAGCGAAACUUUGGCCAAGACACGACGCGAGAAUGCUGCUCUCCGAGAGCAGCUCGCAGAAGCGCAUGCCAAGCUGAAUAGCUUGCUGGCUCGCGUGCAAGCCCUGGUUUUGAACACGGCUCCAAGGCUUGGAGACGCAAACGACGAAGCUCCCAGAACAAAGUCCACCGAAGACCAAACCUCUCAUUUGGAGCCUAUUCUUGAUUCUCAGGCCAUGUCGGCGGAUCUUCUACCAGAGUCCCAAUCCCCAGACCUAGGCCAAGAAAAUGGCUUUCAACCGAUUUCGGAUCCCAGUGUACUACUGAACUCGUGUGGGAUGACUCAGCAGGUACCCAACAUCUGGUCGUUCGAAUAUCAAAUGGGACCCCAAGUCUACCAUGACGCAUUAGUUUCUUCCCAAGACCUGGGUUUCUUGAGGCGCCAGAUCUGGGUCGACUCAAAUUCCUCAUUUUCAGACCACAUCAAUUUCAUCCAACAAGAGAUACAACGUAGAACAGAACUCUAUCUAGCCACGACUUCGGCUCUCUCAAUGUUUCACACCAUUGCUCGGGAGGAUGUGAUGUUUUGGUAUACUAAGACGAAGCUUUAUCAUACCCGGGACAUCAGUGUGUGGAAGAUUCGCCCUUGUGAGGAAACCUUCAAUAGGCUCCAUCCACAGUAUCAGCCAACUCUGCUGCAGCUGCAAUGCGGAUACCCUGCGGUUAUUGAUUGGCUUCCUUUCCCCUCCAUCCGCGACUGUCUUAUACGUUAUCAUGCCGCUAACCCUUGUAUUGAUCAAAUCGUCAGCGACAUCGUCGGCAUGUAUGUUGUCGAAGCUUUACUAAGCGACUUGGUUGUAAACUCGCCUCCUAUGCAGGUGUACAUCAAAGUAGCGGACCUUGUGCAAGCAAUGGGGACGAUUGAUUGUGGGGACGCCAGCGAGGGGCCGGUGUCUUUGCCAACAUUCAAGGCAACAGACAUUUUUGACAUGCCGAGUGUUGCCUGGGCGGUUGCGAACCAUUUGCAGAUCGAAAGCCGGCUAGAGAGAUACAAGCUCGAUCCCAGGCUUUUCAUCAAACAUCCCGAGUUCCUCGAAAGCGCCGGGGAACUCAUGGCACAGGGUACGCCGCUGCGGCCGGAGUAUACAUCGUGUCUCUCUUUCCCCGCCUCGAUGGAUACCAAGACAGCAUCUUCAUAUCGCAACUUUAUUGCUUUCACUUGCUUCAACGUAUAUGAAAGCCAAGGAUAG